UUUACCAAAGAUACACAAAAAUCUGCAGAGACCACCAGGGAGACCCAUUGUGGCAGGAAUGUCGUCUGUAUUUCAACCUAUAGCAGUCAUGUUGGACACUGUCCUCAAUCCUAUAGUGGUAUGUACUAAGUCCUAUGUUAAGGACACUACUGAUUUCAUUAAUAAGCUAAAUGAGAUUGAAUUGAACACAAAAGAUGUAUUUCUUUGCACAAUGGACGUCUCCUCCCUCUAUACCUCUAUCCCCCAUGAUCAGGGAAUCGAGGUUAUCACAGCAGCAAUGGCAGAUCUUGGAUUACCAGGGGGAGUGGUGGAUUUACUUCUACAACUUCUGGGAUGGAUCCUGAAAAGGAAUUAUUUCCUCUUUGAAGGUAAAUUCUAUGAACAAAGCCAAGGCACAUCAAUGGGUUCUAAUGUUGCUCCUGCAUAUGCAAAUUUAUACAUGGCACACUUUGAAGACAAUUUUGUCUAUAAUAAUCAGGAGUUUUGGCCCUUAAUAUUGAUGUGGCUUCGCUAUAUAGACAAUCUAUUCUUUGUCUGGCAAGGGACAGAGGAAUCACUAAAACUAUUUGUAGAUCACCUCAAUUCCAGGAUUCCAACCAUAAAAUUCACUUUGGAGUAUGAUAGAAAUCAGAUACACUUUCUAGACGUGACAGUCAGGCUACAAGAUGGGAAGUUCUCCACUGAUAUAUAUAGGAAACCGACUGACAGAAUCACUUAUCUAAAUCCACACAGUUUUCACCCACCCUCUACAAUCAAAGGGCUACCAUAUAGCCAAAUGUUACGAACAAGACGCAUUGUAAGUGAAGAUGACAAAUUUGAAGAGAGAGCAGAAGAAAUGAUGACCCACUUUGAGAGUAGAGGCUAUGGGACAGAUAUGUUGGAAACAGCCAGGGAGAAAGUAAAAGAUGGACCAGAGGUUAAAACCAUGGGUGGCGGAACCUCCAAUGAUGGCCUAUAAAAGAUCAAGCAACCUGAGGGACCAUCUGGUCCAUGCGUUAAUUGAACCACAAAAGAAGCAAGGUACUUGGCUGAGUGGGGCUAAGGGAAUGUUUAAGUGUGGAAGGUGCGUUAAUUGCAAUUUUGUGAUGCGCACAGAUAAAUUCUAUCACCCGAUGACGGGUAGGGAGUAUGAAAUGACAGACUACAUAAAUUGUCAGACUGACUAUGUCAUAUAUAUGGUAAAAUGUCCUUGUGGUAAAGUAUAUGUAGGGGAAACUACCAGGUCCCUCAGUAUUAGGAUUGGGGAACACAGAAGUGAUGUUAGACUUAAGAAACAUACAUCCCCUCUGGCAAGGCACUUCAUGGAAGCAAACCAUCAGGUCAGUCAACUGAAGUUUAUGGGGAUAGAACGAGUAAGAACCCCUACCCGUGGUGGUAAUAGGGAAAUUCUAUUGAAACAGCGUGAAUUGAAGUGGAUAUAUAGGUUACAAACCCUAUCUCCGAAUGGUCUAAAUGAGGAUAGGGAAUUAUCACUGUUUUUUUAAUGUUACCUUCAAUAUUGGUAAUUGACCUCUGAUGGACAUUGUGUUAAACAAUGAGGCUUUCCUCUUAUUAAGAAUUUUGAUGUGAGUCGUAGGACCUCAGCCUGUGUACCUAUAUGAGUUUACUAUAUAGUAAUGUUUUUCUGAUGUUUUUAAUAAUUGUUUUUAACCUUAUUUAUAUGUUACUAUUUCUACUAUCUUCACAGAUCAUAUAAGAAAUGAGUGAUGGAUUAUCCAUUGAAUUUUUGUGUCCUCCUAUUAACCUCACCAAAGGUUUUUUUUUAAAAAA